CUCAGAUUUACAAUCCUCAGUGGAUCACAAACUUCCUGCGUGGGCUUCUCCUGCUCAGAGUUGAUUGAGGAUGGAUGUAUAUGGGGACGUAGAAUGAAAAGCAACUCAGCUACCCUUAGGAAGGGAGGAGAAAAGAGCAAAGCUGUGGGGUGAACACAAAAGGCCCCACGUUAGUGCCAGCAUUUCAGCGGCUGCCUGCUGGACAGAUCCUGGAUGGCUUCAGUUCCUGGAGUGGACUAGUUAGGCAGGUAGGGAUCAAGAUCCCACAGGGACUGACCUUUGUUUUCUCGCUUGACAAUAGCAAAAACUAAGCUUUAAAGACACAAUAAAGGCUCCACUUCUUUGCUUUUUGUUUAAGUCUAAAUCGCAAACCAGCGGCAGUGAAGGGAACCCCUCCUAGGAGGAAGCUCUGGAGCGCAGCGCUCACAGACUUCUCUGCGAGCCUGGCGCUGUGGCUCAGUCCCCGGAGCGACAAACUUGCCAGGAUUAAAGGCAAAUUAAUUAAAUCCACGGCGUGCUCAUCGCAUUUUUUCGAGACAUCUGAGUGCAUGAAAAGUCCUGCGAGUUCCCUAGGAAAGAAGACCAUGUCCUUCAGUUCUCUUCCCAACCUCUCCUUGCCCGCGGAGGCGAAUGAGAGCAAGUUGGCUCCUGAGGUGUGGGGAAAAGAUGUCCUGCCCGGCUCGGAUGGGACCACGGCGGAGUUGGUCAUCCGCUGUGUAAUACCAUCGCUCUACCUGAUCAUCAUCACGAUAGGCUUGCUGGGCAACAGCAUGCUGGUGAAGAUAUUCCUCACCAACAGCGCCAUGAGGAGUGUCCCCAACAUCUUCAUCUCUAACCUGGCCGCUGGAGACCUGCUGCUGCUGCUUACCUGCGUCCCAGUGGACGCCUCCCGCUACUUCUUUGAUGAAUGGGUGUUCGGCAAGCUGGGCUGCAAACUCAUCCCGGCCAUUCAGCUUACCUCGGUGGGGGUUUCUGUGUUCACUCUCACUGCCCUCAGCGCUGACAGGUACAGAGCUAUCGUGAACCCCAUGGACAUGCAGACUUCUGGCGUGGUGCUGUGGACCAGUUUGAAAGCCGUGGGCAUCUGGGUGGUCUCUGUGUUGUUGGCAGUCCCUGAAGCUGUGUUUUCAGAAGUAGCACGUAUUGGCAGCUCGGAUAACAGCAGUUUCACAGCAUGUAUACCCUACCCACAAACAGAUGAGUUACAUCCAAAGAUUCAUUCAGUUCUCAUUUUUCUCGUCUAUUUCCUCCUGCCACUUGUUAUUAUCAGCGUUUAUUAUUAUCAUAUUGCAAGGACUUUAAUUAAAAGUGCACACAAUCUUCCUGGAGAAUACAAUGAACAUACCAAAAAGCAGAUGGAGACACGGAAACGCCUGGCUAAGAUUGUGCUCGUCUUCGUGGGCUGCUUUGUCUUUUGUUGGUUUCCCAACCACGUCCUCUAUUUGUACAGGUCUUUCAACUACAAGGAGAUUGACCCUUCUCUAGGUCACAUGAUUGUCACCUUAGUGGCCCGUGUUCUGAGUUUCAGCAAUUCCUGUGUCAAUCCCUUUGCUCUUUACCUGCUCAGUGAAAGCUUCAGGAAGCACUUCAACAGCCAGCUCUGUUGUGGGAGGAAGUCCUAUCCAGAGAGGUCAACCAGCUACCUUCUCAGCUCUUCAGCAGUGAGAAUGACUUCUCUGAAAAGCAACACCAAGAAUGUGGUGACCAAUUCUGUCCUGAUAAAUGGACAUAGCACAAAGCAGGAAAUAGCACUGUGAUUGGAGACCAUGCAGCUUGCUCUUAGAAAAUACCUGAUAAACUUUUCUGUUAUUAUGAAGAGAAGCAGAAACAAAUAAUUUCUGCAAUCAUACCAUUCCCUAAGCUAAUUCAUCAGGGGACUUCAUGACUUGACUGAAGUGCAAAGCAAAUAUUUUUCUCUGAAUAUACUUUACAUUACACCAUGCACAUCUAUACUGCACAUACAUAACUCAAACAUAUUUCCUGCUAACAUUUAUUUACAAAUUCCCUCAGGAUUUAAGGUAUUGCCACAGGCAACUGUGCCAUAUUUACUUUAAAUUCCUUUUUGUCUUAAAUCAUAGAGAGCAGUGCCAUAAUGAGUCAAUAACUUAAUGAAAGGUAUUAUUCAAACACCCAUUUUUUGAAAUGAGUUAUAUCAUUCUGCCAAGUAAAUUUUAUCCAUAAUUAGUGUAUAUAUGUACAUAUAUCUUAAUUUGAAAAAAAUCCCCAAAGUGGAGCUUAAUCCUAAUUCAUUACUAUUUAUGGUUUUUGGCAUAAUUAUAAUAUAUAGAAAGGUUUGUAAGUUCUAGAUAUUGUAUUGGAUAGUAUGAUAACAUUUUAUUAUGAAUUAUAAAUUGAUAUGUGUAUGUGACUUACCUUGAUAUAUGUAUAACAGGUAUCAUAUGCUCCAAAUUUCAAUACUGUUACUUGGAUGUUUGCAUGACUAUUUUUGUAAACACUCAAAUUCUUGAGUAAACUGUCAAUUUUGCUUCUUCAUAAAUAAUAAGAUUUGUGUGAUUUUGAUGAUUUCUCAUUUGCUUUGGCAUCUGCCAACUGACAAGUGUAUGGGAUCUCAGGCAUUUUUUUCCUGUGCAUGAUAUCACAGUUUUCUCAGAAUAAAUAUCUUGUUAUUUUAAAGCAAAAUGUAAACAUUGUCUUUAUUAAACUCUUUUCUU